GAGUGAAAGGUUGAAGCCUGCUGGGUUAGCACCGCCUGAAUCCCAUGCGCGGAACCGCUCCCCCUUUUAAGCCCUAAAAUGCAACUAAAGACACGAGUUUAUUCAGAACGGAGACUCGCAGGAUCCUUUCCAUCCCCGAACACUCCCACUGCAUGUGAGACAUCAGCCAUCCGUGGAAUUGAAAACUUCUGGAUUCAGCUCCACGGGCUUUCCUGUCAAGCAGGAUCAGGCGGCAGCCCUAUGCAGAAGCGGGCGGUAGACGCCGGAACGUUUUCCCUAUACAUUUGCAUAGGAUGCCGGCCGCAACCUCUUUCAACAGGGUCGUUCUUCCUGCGGGUGAACCGAAGGGACGAGCCGCUUGUGACUGAGUCGAGCGAGGGCUCUCAGCGGUCGCUUCCCCACCAAGCUCGGGCGCUGUUUUGUGGGACCCACCGCCAUGGCAACCUCUCCUCAGAAAUCGCCUUCCUCCCCCAAGUCUCCAACGCCCAAAUCGCCCCCUUCCCGGAAGAAAGAUGAUUCUUUUCUGGGAAAGCUCGGAGGCACUCUGGCCAGGAGGAAAAAAGCGAAAGAAGUAUCUGAACUACAGGAAGAAGGAAUAAAUGCCAUAAAUUUACCACUCAGUCCAAUUCCUUUUGAACUAGAUCCUGAAGAUACUAUGUUAGAGGAAAAUGAAGUCCGAACAAUGAUUGAUCCCAAUUCAAGAAGUGACCCAAAACUACAGGAGUUAAUGAAGGUAUUAAUAGACUGGAUUAAUGAUGUGUUAGUAGGAGAAAGAAUAAUUGUAAAAGAUCUGGCUGAAGACAUGUAUGAUGGACAAGUACUGCAAAAACUCUUUGAGAAGCUUGAGAGUGAGAAACUCAAUGUGGCUGAAGUCACACAGUCUGAAAUAGCUCAGAAGCAGAAGCUACAGACAGUACUUGAAAAGAUCAAUGAAACCCUUAAACUUCCUCCAAGGAGCAUCAAAUGGAAUGUGGACUCUGUCCAUGCUAAAAGUCUGGUUGCAAUACUGCAUCUUUUGGUUGCAUUAUCACAGUACUUUCGGGCCCCAAUCAGGCUGCCAGAUCAUGUGUCUAUUCAAGUUGUGGUUGUCCAGAAGCGAGAAGGAAUCCUCCAGUCCCGACAGAUCCAAGAGGAAAUAACUGGCAAUACAGAGGCAAUGUCAGGACGGCAUGAACGAGAUGCAUUUGACACACUGUUUGACCACGCUCCAGACAAACUCAAUGUUGUGAAAAAGACUCUCAUAACUUUUGUGAAUAAGCACCUCAAUAAGCUGAAUCUGGAAGUUACAGAACUAGAAACCCAGUUUGCAGAUGGUGUGUACCUGGUGCUCCUGAUGGGUCUUCUUGAAGGUUAUUUUGUGCCUCUUCACAGCUUUUUCCUAACUCCUGAUAGUUUUGAACAAAAGGUACUCAAUGUGUCAUUUGCAUUUGAGUUAAUGCAAGAUGGAGGGCUGGAAAAACCAAAACCAAGGCCAGAAGACAUCGUCAACUGCGACUUGAAGUCAACGCUGAGAGUGCUCUACAAUCUGUUCACCAAAUACAGAAACUUGGAAUGAAGAAAAAAGCACAUCAGGAAGCCAUGGGUGGCAAAAUUGGAACCAAACAAAAAAGCUCUCCUUUCUUUGCAGUCAUUCUAUAUUUACACUACGCUUUCUUCAAAGGAAAUGGCACUCUUUCUUGGAAUGUUCUUUGUUAUUAAAUUUAAAUAUUUUGUUAAAAUAUUUAAAUUAAGACAAUCUUAAUUCACCGAUGUUAGAAAGUGAAGAUCUGCUGGAAGCUAACAGGUUUGGUUGAGAAAAAGCAGGUCACUAUACUGGGUUUAGCUGUCUUUUAAUUUUUUAGAGAAUAAGCACCAGGCACAAAUCCUGAUCCACAACCAAACUAAGCUAAAUUACUGCCAAACAGAAAUAAGAAUCUGCUCCAAUGAGCUAUUUGGAGAAAAACUCAUGCAUGCUGUUUUUUAUAUUGCUGUGCAGGAUCUGUCUCCUUGUGCAAGACUCUGCUGCCUUUGGCCUAGCUUCCCUAGUGUUCCUCCUUUUCUUCAUGUGGUUCCUCUGUGCCACACCAAGGACAUAAUUGGACACAUGAGAUGGAGGCCCAGGCUCUGACUGCAUUGGGCUUUUCAUCAGUACUGGAGCUGGAACAAGAGUGCCACCCUAUACUAUUUUUCCUAUAUAUUCACAGAGGUCAUGAUUGAUAGGAACAAUGUCCCCCCUUACUUAUAGCAGCACCCAACAGCUUUUAGCAUUCAUGCCACAAACUGCUGUUUAAGGUGUGGAUGGUUCACAGAAUGAUAUAAAUUUACAUUUUCCAAUGUAAUUAAGUUGUAGAUUCUGCCGCAGAAUUUUGUUUCUCUCUCUCUCUGUACAUUGAAUGUUUAUUUUGGGUAAAUGAUCCAUUUUAUUCAUAAUAUGAUUCAAAGGUCAUGAGGAAGGAAGGGAGGGAGGGCGAGAGAGAGAGAGAGAGAGAGACCACGUAUAGUUUGAUGAUGCACAUUAAACAGCUUGUGCCACUAUAAGGGGCCAGCUUUUUGUUCCCAAUAUAUACAUUCCACAUAUUUUUUCAUUCCUAUAAAGUCUGCAUGAAGUUUUCCUUUAAAUAUACACAACUGCGCACUUAAAAUAACACACAGUAUAGUAUCUUUGGCAGUAGAAUUCUCUUGUUUACUUGCAAAGACUGAGGUACGAAAUAUGUACAUACUAUAAUAGUGUGGAAAACUAUUACAGCAAGAAAAUCAGUACAGUGCCAUAAAUUCUGGAAAUAUAGCUGAGGUCAGUCCUGCCAGGGCAUUGGAAAAUGAAAUAAGCUUUGUUUACUUAAUGGUAAUGAGAUAAGAAAGAAUAUAAUUGAUAACAGUAAGAUAGAAGGUUUAGAGAAAUACGAAAAUAAAUUACUAAAAGUGAAGUGUUUUUGUUCAACUUGUUUUCUGAAUACCUCAGAUGAAUGAGAAAUUCUGAUUAUUUACAGAAAACCAGACAAUGCUGUACUGUUGGUUUUGAACAACAGAAUUAGACUGUAUACAAAUAAAGUAUAAAUUUUUAAUAUAAUAUAUUUUUAUUCAGUUUGAUUUAUACUUACUUUGUAGUGAAAUUUUAGAAAGAGCAGUUUAAAAUGUAUUCUCUAUGGAAAAUGAUAAACAUAAAUGUAAAAUAAUAUCUCUACCUAUUUUAUAAAGUUAGAUUCUGAUUUUAAAUAUGUCUUUCAUUUAGUGCCUUUAGGUAGUACACAAUAGCUUCAUUUUUUGUAGUUCAAACAAAACCAUUCACAUUAUAUAAGAACAUGCCUUUUGCCCUCCAGAAGAUGAUAUGUUGCUCUAAGUACUCAGUGGCCCAGAUCCAAUUUCAUCUAAAUUUUCACCGUAGUAAGUUUGCCAUGCAGCAUUUUAUGGAGUUUAUGUAUUGCUCAAAUUACUAUAAGAAUUGUGUAUGAGGAGGGAUUAUAUGCCCAAGUAAAACGCUUGUUCUUAUAUUCAGAUGUGAUUUGUUACAUAGCAUUUUUCAUUGUAUGAGGAUUGUGAUAUAAAUGAUACAUAAAAUGUGUCUAAAUUAUUUUAUAUGUUCAAAGAGACUAGUUCUCUGUGAAUCCUUGAUCGUUGAAUUUUGCCCAUUGUGUGGAGACGAUAUAAUUGAUUAUGUUUAAGGUUCAGAGAUACUUAGUAUACCCUAACUCACUGAAUCACCAUUCUCUAAAAUACUUUUGGAUUUUAGAUUCAUGUUCAGUUUGAUUUAAUCUCCUUGAACAGCAACAUGUGUCAUCACGUGCAGAAGCUCCAGGGAAAAGCUGUAUGCUGGUUGCUUACAUUACAAAAUCAGAGUUAAUGUUGUGAAGGGGAAAAGGCUGGAAUAGUUGGUGAUUGCCAAGAAAAGCAAAAAUUCUCAUCAAGUCAUUACUUACGCUAAGUAAGGAGGGGGAAAUUACAUCAUGCCAAUCAUUUAUGAUGAUCCUUUUUUCAAAAAAAGCACAACACUGUCAGACUUGAACUCUUGUGGCCAAUCUAGCCAAUUGAUAUAAAAUGCAAACAAUUGAUUUAAAAAAAAAUGGAAUUCUCCCAUAAUAGGAAAAGCAUAUCCAAUGUAAAGUUGAAACAAUAAGCAACCCUUGUUAUUAUUAAAUGCAGCUUAAUUGCUUAGUUUUAUAAAUAAGGUUGGUAUUUUGUCCAGUAAAGGAACAAAUUCUUGAGAGAUAUUUAACCAGGUCAACAAAAGGUAAUCAAAGCCAGCAUAAUUGUACCAAAAAAAAAAGUAUCUUGCCAUUUAUAUAAUUAGGUGAAGUAGUAACUAAUAGAUGGUGUGUGUGAAAACAGUACUAUAUUGGAAUUUGAGUUUCUAAGUGUAAGCAGAACUUCCAGUUCUGCAGAGUAGCAACAGCUUAAUCUACAGAUAUAUUAGAUUAAAAAACUGAAGUGGAAUUCAACCCACUCCAUUCAUGUACAGAGUUCUGUGUUUUCUGACAUACAUUUCUGAAGCAGGUUUAUCAGCUGUAUCUCCAAAAGGAGAAUGCGUAGAGCAAACACACACCUGGUUCCUCAUGGGUCCUCAUGAGGCAAGAGUUACAUUUUCCUCUUCAAUCAGGAUGCCAGGCUAGAUAUAUAGCGCUGUGUUCUUGGCAUACGGGCCUCUAUGAUACAGGAGGAGAAGUGCCUAGAUAUCCAUAACUGCUUGAACAUCUCCAGUGCAUUGCCUAGCUUUAAAGUGCUUUCUGCAAAUCAUGAUUUUGUUAAUGGCAUUUUCUUAUGAACUUGUAAAUUUUUUGAAGUGUAUUUUUGUCAAAAUACCAAACUAGGUAUUAGAUCAACAAAUGUCUCAUGGACAACGAGUUGCUUCCAUUUUCAAAUCUACAAAUGGUUGACAAUUGAAGGUGCUUUCUGCGAUUUUGCAAAAAAAAAACAGCCCUAAAUGGGUGGUUAUAUUUUGUAGCAGGUUUUGUUUUAGCUGAAAUGCUAUUUCUAUAUAUCAUAAAAAUACAUAUUAUGGUCAUGGAAUUGUUUGAUAAUGUUCAUACCCAAGCAUUAUAUGGCUUAUAUAAAUUGAGCCUUCUUUAUGUUUCUCAUGGAGAUAUAUCAUCAAUAGGAAACUAAUAUGGAAUAGAACCUAUAGAUUAUAUCUAAUAUUUAUUCCAUUUGAAAAAAUAUAGGAAAAAAUAUACAAUUAUGCUAACGGGUUCAUUUCUGUAUCAGAUAUAGAUUUCAGAACUAUUAAAACUCAUGUUAACCUAAAUGGAUAAAUUUGCCAUGUUUCUCUGAUAAUGAAGACUGAUUUAUCUGUCCCUUUGAUUGUUGUUGAAAGUAAGGAAAGCUUUAGGGCCCACACUGCCUAAUUUAGGAUAUCAAUUAUUUUUGUUGUCCAAAUAGUGAUAAAUAUCUUUUAAAAAAUAGUGUAAUUACCUGUAGGAUUAGCAGACUCUCUGAAUUCUGAAAACCACAGGCCUAUGAGCUGAUGGGAAGAUAAGGAAGGUUAAAUAAAAACCGCUGCCAUGGUGUACAGUACUGUACACAGCCAUGGAGUUUUUCUGUUUGCAGUUUCUCCUUCCUAUUUAGUAACCUCCAUGCCUAUGAGACCGCAUCUAGCUUAUAUGGACUCACAGUUUAUGAGGUACAGAUUUAUGAACUAGUGCCUCUGCAUGGAAAGGAGACCUGUGAACACUGCCAUUUGCACAUUCGUAUCAUCUGUAAAAAGGGUCUGCUAUUGUUGCAUCCUUAAUAAUGGCCAUGCGUUUACACAGUCUUGGGAGGACCAAAAUUUAAAUCCUGAAAAUCUAGGGUUAAAUUCAACAUUGUGUGAGCAGGUUUUUGCUCACAAGAGAGUCUCAUCUCUCACUUCUGCACCUGUGAUGGACCCUUGAAAUCUGCUCCAGUGGUUUCAGAAAUCUUUGCAGCAGAUUCUCAGAUUGUUUGGGAUUGGGAGGAAAGUUUUCAGCCAGUAAUAGUGGAAGUGAAGAGUAAGAGAUCAGAGAAACACUGUGAAGGUGCACUUGACACCCAAGACUGAGAAAUGAGUGUUAAAAUGUCUUUUAUCACAGUGUUCCUCAACCUUGUCAAUUUGAAGGUGUCUGGACUUCAACUCCCACAAUUUCCCAGGCAGC